GGUGCUAGUAAAUACUGCCUGCUGUGUUUUGAUGUUGGUGGCUAAACUUAUCCAAUGUAUUGUGUUUGGUCCUCUUCGAGUGAGCGAGAGACAGCACCUCAAAGACAAGUUUUGGAAUUUUAUUUUCUACAAGUUCAUUUUCAUUUUUGGUGUGCUGAAUGUCCAGACAGUGGAAGAGGUGGUCAUGUGGUGCCUCUGGUUUGCUGGACUUGUAUUUCUGCAUCUGAUGGUUCAGCUCUGCAAGGACCGAUUUGAAUAUCUUUCCUUUUCUCCCACCACACCAAUGAGCAGCCAUGGUAGAGUCCUGUCUCUGUUGGUUGCUAUGCUGCUUUCCUGCUGUGGGUUAGCAGUUGUCUGCUGUGUUACAGGCUACACCCAUGGAAUGCACACCUUGGCUUUUAUGGCUGCAGAGUCUCUUCUUGUGACAGUGAGGACUGCUCAUGUGAUUUUACGAUAUGUAAUUCACCUCUGGGACCUCAACCACGAGGGGACCUGGGAAGGAAAGGGAACGUACGUCUACUACACAGAUUUUGUGAUGGAGCUCACUCUCUUGUCCCUGGACCUCAUGCACCACAUUCACAUGUUGUUAUUUGGCAACAUUUGGUUAUCCAUGGCCAGCCUGGUCAUCUUUAUGCAGCUGCGUUACCUGUUUCAUGAGGUACAGCGUCGAAUUCGUCGGCACAAAAACUAUCUGCGUGUGGUUGGGAACAUGGAAGCCAGGUUUGCAGUUGCAACUCCAGAGGAGCUGGCCGUCAAUAAUGAUGACUGUGCAAUCUGUUGGGACUCCAUGCAGGCUGCAAGGAAACUGCCCUGUGGACAUCUUUUCCACAAUUCCUGUCUUCGUUCCUGGCUAGAGCAAGACACCUCCUGUCCAACAUGCAGAAUGUCUCUUAAUAUCGCUGACAAUAAUCGUGUCAGGGAAGACCAUCAAGGAGAAAAUUUGGAUGAAAAUUUGGUUCCUGUAGCAGCAGCCGAAGGCAGACCUCGCUUAAACCAACACAAUCACUUCUUCCACUUUGAUGGGUCCCGGAUUGCGAGUUGGCUGCCAAGUUUUUCGGUCGAAGUGAUGCACACCACCAACAUUCUUGGCAUUACACAGGCGAAUAACUCCCAGCUCAAUGCGAUGGCUCAUCAGAUUCAAGAGAUGUUUCCCCAGGUUCCUUACCACCUAGUGCUGCAAGACCUCCAGCUGACACGCUCAGUCGAAAUAACAACAGAUAACAUCUUAGAAGGACGGAUUCAAGUACCUUUUCCCACACAGCGGUCAGACAGUAUUAGACCUGCAUUGAACAGUCCUAUGGAAAGGCCAAACAAUGACCAGGAAGAGGGAGAAGUUUCUACUCAGACUGAGCGUGUGCCCCUGGACCUCAGUCCACACCUGGAGGAGACGCUGGACUUCAGCGAGGUGGAAGCAGAGCCCAGUGAAGUGGAAGACUUCGAGGCUCGGGGCAGCCGCUUCUCCAAGUCUGCUGAUGAGAGGCAGCGCAUGUUGGUGCAGCGUAAGGAUGACCUCCUCCAGCAAGCUCGCAAGCGUUUCUUGAACAAAAGCUCUGAAGAUGACACAGCCUCAGAGAGCUUCCUGUCCUCGGAAGGCACAACCUCCGACCCUGUGACCCUGCGUCGAAGGAUGCUGGCUGCUGCCGCCGAACGGAGACUUCAGAAGCAGCAGACCUCCUAGCGCUCCCUGGCCUUCCUCCGGAGCCCUGCACCCGACCAGAAGAGGCCUGGCCCGGUUCUGCCUGCUGUGUGGACAAGCGGGCUUGACUGCAUUGCCGCUGUUAUAAAGCAUGUGGUCAUAAUAGUGUUUGGACAGCUGACAAAUUUAAUCCUUUGUAAUACUUUCUAUGUGACAUUUCUCUUCCCCUUAGAAACACUGAACAUUUUAACUCUAGGCAUGAUCUUUUCUGGCGUUGACUGGACUUUUGGUGGGUGGGGGGCUAUCAAGAGGAAGUGGCAACCACCUGCCUGCGGCAGGCAGCUUCAAUUAACUGCUUUCUGCACAAGUCACAAUAGAUGCUGGUGUCCUGAGCACCUCUGGCGGGAGGAAUGUAUGUUGGGAGAUGCUUAGGGUGGGCCUGACUCCACGCCAGGGGGUGACAGCUAUUGUCAGCCUGCUGUCCUUGGGGAAGCAUACAGAAUGUGCCAGAGGCCAGACCCACAGGCUGUUGGACUCCUGAGUCACAGGGCAUCUUGGUAAAGAACUCUUGGUUUGAUACCUGGAACAGAGGAAAAGAAAGCCAGCACUGUAGAGGGUGAGGAAGUGUGACCCCUUACUGUCCCAUUACAUCUGGGACCAACUUUCGGAGCCCCUAUUCCAAAGCUGGCUUGAUUUCCGUUAACUCUGGUGCUCUUGCAUCUCAUGAGUGUACCCUGUGUGUCUGUCUUCUGCAUUUCCUGCCCCCUCUGAACAGGGCACAGGGUGAAGCAGCAAGCUUUGAUUUAUGGUUUUCAUUCCUUGGUCAAGUACAGUGGCAAUGCCAAAACCUGUGAGUUUGGUCCUUGGAGAAGAUGUAGGCUUUGCAAGAUGAAAGAGUGAAUUUUGGAGGACUUUACUGAAGAAAUAAAAGAUAAUUUUGUAUCUUCCCUGGAGCCCUUCAUUUGCAUAACUUUGUUUUUAUUGGUUUAAUUAAACAUAGAAAGGUAAGGUGUUGAAUCCACAUGCCAUGGAGCAGACCCAGGUCUCUAAUCUUUUCAAAUUUUUCACACACUUAACUUUAAGGAUUUGAAACACACAAUCAUAGGUUACAGAGUUGUUUUAUGUCCCAUUGGAUUAAGUUUUGUUUUGUUUUUUAACUGGAAGUAUAGUUUUACAGUAGUCCUUUUUGGAAUAAUCCAGUAUUAUCCCAAAUUAUUGGCAAAGUAAAACAUUUUACAUAACUGAAAGAUUUUAGAAUGUUGAAAAGGAAUGUUGAAAAAAGGGUGAUAGGUAAAUAUUUAGGCAGAAAUAAUUUAUUUCAAUAAAUCUUUCAAAAGCCUUACUUUGAAAUGCUGUUAGUAAAUUUCUGUGAUUUUUAAAAAAAAUUUGUUUUGCUGAGAGCAUAGCUAUUUGUUUUUAUUGUAAGCAAUAAUAAAAAGGAAACUCUUCUAGUGUGUUGUGUGUGGCUGAAAGCUAAGUUGGCUUUUUUCAGUGGUGCCAGCUUUGAGUCCUGUUUUGAUUUUGAUGUUGUGUGUACCAUUUUGGUUGGUGGGGGGUUUCAUCCUUUUGAAUUGGGAAAUGUUAUUUUUGCCUAGUACUAUAUUUGGAAAAUGCAUCACUGAAUUCUU